UGACAGUGGUGAAACCGUGAAAGCUCUUUGCUUUUGCAGUGUCCUAAAACCCUACCUGAAUUUAUUUGGCGCCUCCGGCUCAGUCUUUCCCACCACCAUCUACCGCCGAAAUCGCUUCCGGCUCAGAGCAGGUUUCUGAAAUUAUCAGACCAGAUUGGGAAUAUCCGCUCAAAGCAACCAAAGGACCGGGUAGCUUUGACAGUUUGACCACCGUAACCAUCUCCUCCCUCGAGUCUGCCUUCCAUUCUUCUUCCCUCCCUCUCCAAUUUUGAUGACCCCCACCCACCCGUGCCUAUGAUACUGAAAGCCUUCUCGUCUUCUUCGCGCUUUUAUUUUUCCUUCUCCUUCUCUUGAAUAUCUGCCGCCCACUUGCUGCUGUUUAGUGAAGAGUCUUCAAAGAGAGAAUUUCGGAUUAAAGAUUGAUUUGUUUAUUGCUGUCUUUCUGUGCAAUUUCUCGUAAAUUGGAUAGGGGACACAAGUAUAAAGAAUGAUAUCAGCUAUUUCAUGGGUUCCGAAAGGUGCCUCAAAGCCAGUACCUGUUGCUGCUGAGCCGCCUUCAAAAGAAGAGAUUGAGGAGAUUUUGAAGAACGAUCUUCUCGACAAUCGAGAAGAGGUUGGAGAUGAUAAUGAUGAUGACGAGGGUAUGGAUCUUGAUCAAUCCAAGCAAGACGCUGAAGUUGCGCAAGCACUUGCUGCUGCCGAUGCGUUAGGCAAAGGUUCAAAGGGCACACAUCCAGAAACUGACAGCAUAGCAGAUGCCCUGAAGGAAUUAGACAUGGAUAAUUAUGAUGAAGAAGAUGAUGGGUUUGAGCUGUUUGGUGAGGGACUUCGGACUUUAUAUUACCCAAGUAAUGAGAUGGACCCUUAUCUGAAAGACAAGGAUGAUGAGGAUUCUGUAGAUCUUGACGAUACGACCAUUAGUCCAGAGGAUUCUGUCAUAAUUUGUGCACGGAAUGAGGAUGAUGUCAGCCAUCUGGAGGUAUGGAUAUUGGAGGGCUCAGAAGAAGGUGAUUCAAACAUGUAUGUUCACCAUGAUAUUGUUAUUCCUGCAUUUCCCCUCUGUUUGGCAUGGCUUGAUUGCCCUCUCAAGGAAGGAGAAAAAGGUAUGAUUUUAUUAAGUGUAGAAUGUGCAUAUAAUUCUUAUGGCUUCUUUUCUUUUUCUUUUUUAGGGGGUGGGAAUCACAGAAGUGGUGAGGAUGUUUAUGCUCUUCAGUUCAUUCUUUUGGGUCAGAG